UGGGCAACGGGGGGGCAGGAAGUCCCGCCCGCCGAGCUGUUGUUGUUGUGACUGCGACAGGCCCGGUCGCCCCCGGAGUAGCCCCGGCAGCGCCCCCGGGCCGCCGCGACCCAGGCUCCGGCUCCUGGCCCCGCGCCGCCAUGAAGUGGAUGUUCAAGGAGGACCACGCGCUAGAGCACCGAUGCGUCGAGUCGGCGAAGAUCCGGGCCAAGUACCCAGACCGCGUCCCGGUCAUUGUGGAGAAGGUCUCAGGCUCUCAGAUUGUUGACAUUGACAAGAGGAAGUAUCUGGUUCCUUCUGACAUCACUGUGGCCCAGUUCAUGUGGAUCAUCAGGAAGAGGAUUCAGCUGCCAUCUGAGAAAGCAAUAUUCCUCUUUGUAGACAAGACUGUCCCACAGUCCAGCUUAACUAUGGGACAGCUGUACGAGAAGGAGAAGGAUGAGGAUGGAUUCUUGUACGUGGCCUACAGUGGAGAGAACACAUUUGGUUUCUGAACGCUGGGGUUUGGCUGCUGCACCAUUUUGCUGUGUAUCUUGUAAAUAGCUGAUCAUUUUCAGUUCUGACCCCCACAAAUGCUCUUCCCAUCCACCAUGCAUUUGUAACUGGAUUUAUUUCCUAAUAUAUUGAUAGGUCUUGUUUUCUUAGACUGGUAAAUUAUCAGAUUUUAUUUUUUCUUUGUGCAUUUUCCUCAUGGCUACAAGUUCUCAGAGCCUCAGCUCUCUGGGACACAUUUAAUGACAUUGUUUAAAUAUUGAAGCAAAAGUAGUUGGGGUACUAAAAACACGACAAGGAGGAACAUGCAUUUACUCUGGGUUUCGUUUGAGACGUUAGUUUAACAAGUAUUAAAAUAUUAAAUUCUGAGUAAUGGGAACACCGGCUUUGCUAGAGUAUUCCAAGCAGUAGCAAGAUGCUGAUCACUGAUGUUGAACUGAGCUAAUAUGUUCCUCUUUCUCAAUUAGGGGAUAAGUACAAUAAAAAUUCCUCCCACAAAGAGGGUGU